AUGUCCAUUCCUGAGAAAGUUAACAUUACUACCGGUACCGGCUGGGGGUCGGGCCCAUGUAUUGGAAACACCGGUGCUGUCCCAAGACUUGGUAUCCCGUCAUUCUGUAUCCAGGACGGUCCGAAUGGAGUCCGCUUCACUGAUUUCGUCACCCAUUUCCCCUCUGGCCUAGCCACAGGUGCCACUUUCAACCGAGCUUUGAUGUAUCUCAGAGGUAAAGCUAUUGGUAAAGAACACAAGAAGAAAGGGGUGCACAUUAUGCUUGGCCCUACGGUUGGCCCUUUAGGCUUGAAGGCUGCUGGUGGGAGAAAUUGGGAGGGAUUUGGUGCUGAUCCGUAUCUCCAGGGUAUCGCGGGUAAACUCACGGUGGAGGGAGUGCAAGAGCAAGGGGUGUUAUCCUGUGUGAGACACUUGGUUGGCAAUGAGCAAGAACGCUUCCGCCAGGUAGGCGAAUGGGACGACACUGCCGAAGACUUGAUCGAGUCCAUCAGCGCCAACAUCGGUGAUCGUGCUAUGCAUGAAACCUACCUAUGGCCCUUUGCUGACUGUGUCCACGCGGGUGCUGCCAGUGUGAUGUGUUCGCAUAAUAAAGUCAACAACACCUAUGCGUGCGAAAACUCCAUGCUUAUGAACGGCUUGUUGAAAGAGGAACUCGGCUUCCAAGGCUUUGUCAUGUCUGAUUGGGGCUCCCAGCACUCCGGGGUCUACUCGGCCUUGGCCGGUUUAGAUAUGUCCAUGCCGGGAGAGGUAUUUGACGACUGGUGUUCCGGUAAAUCCUAUUGGGGUCCCCUUCUCACAAGGGCGAUUUACAACCACACCAUCCUACAGUCCAGAUUAAACGAUAUGGUUCUUCGAAUCUUGGCCCCCUUCUUUGCAGUAGAGGACUGUGAACUCCCAUCGGAGGAGGAUGUACCGAAUUUCAGUUCGUGGACAUAUCACACGUAUGGCCAGGAAUACCCUUAUCAGCACUACGGACCAAUCGUCCAGGUUAAUUGGCAUAAGGAAGCCAGAUCCAAGUUUAGCGACGAUACCGCGAUCAGUGUUGCACACGAAGCAAUCGUCUUGCUAAAGAACGAUGGCCAUAACUUACCGAUCUCUAGAGAGGAUGGGGUGAGACGGUUAUUUGUGGCAGGCGUGGGAGCUGGUGUCGACCCCAACGGGUUUAACUGCAAGGACCAGAAGUGCGUAGAUGGUGUUCUCACCUCAGGCUGGGGUGCCGCUGCUGUCAAUAAUCCUUGGGUUAUCAGUCCCCACGAAGCAAUUUCGGAAAAGGUGAGAGAUCUUGGAAUGGUUGUGGACUUUAGCAGAGAGUCAUAUGACUUGGACACCUGCGACGAAUUGGCCGACUAUGCCGACAUGGCGAUUGUCGUGGUUAAUGCCCAUUCUGGCGAGGGGUUUAUUGAGGUUGAUGGCAACUAUGGUGACAGAAAAAACUUGUCCUUGUGGCACAACGGUGACGAGUUAAUCACACAUAUUGCUGAUCGGUGCCGUAAAACAGUGGUGGUGGUGAAUUCUGUUGGCCCGGUCGACAUGGAACAGUGGAUCGAACACGAAAACGUGGUUGCAGUCUUGUAUGUCCCACCUUUGGGGCAAUUCGUGGGGCAGGCCAUUGCCGACGUUUUGUUCGGCGACAUUAACCCUUCCGGUCAUUUGCCAUUCACCGUUGCCCGCAAACAGGAACACUAUGUCCCGAUCCUCAUUGAUGUUGGUCCCGACGGUACCCCACAGGAUGAUUUCGACCGGGACAUCUAUGUGGAUUACAAAUUCUUUGACAAGCACAAUAUCCGGCCUCGGUUUGAAUUUGGGUUUGGGCUUUCCUACACCCAGUUCAAGCUUUGUAACUUGAAAAUUACAGAAGUCAACUCUCCAACCCAGUACUUGCCAGAACCAGCUCCUUUCCUUCCUCUCUACAAGAUGUGUGAGGAUGACGUGUGUGACCCCGAGGACGCUUUGUUCCCACACGAGGAUAUGAAUCCUGUUCCGGGAGUUAUAUACCCAUACCUUUUCAACGACAAGACACGUUCGUUGGACGACGACGAAAAGUACGACUACCCUAAGGGGUACAGCCCCGACCAGAAGGAAGCGCCUUCGAUCGCCGGGGGCGGUUUGGGCGGAAACCCAGCGUUGUGGGAGUGCCUUUACGAAGUGGAAGCAGAAGUCAAGAACGACGGACCGUACAAGGGAGCAGUAGCGGUUCAGCUCUACAUCGAGUUCCCGUGCACCUACAUUGCGUCCCCUCCAAAACAGUUGAGAGGCUUUGAUAAGGUCAUGAUCGAGGCGGGUGGCAACGAACAGGUGAGUUUCCAAGUGUUGCACCGUGACUUGAGUAUCUGGGACACAGUCUCCCAGCAAUGGGUUAUCCAAACGGGAAUCUACAAAAUUUUUAUCGGUACUAGCAGCAGAAAGCUUGAAUUAUGCGGUGAGAUUGAGAUUGAAUAA